AUGGACAAUGAUGAGCAGGAACUAGAUGUGGAUGUAGGUUACAUACUAGACAAGCAAACAGAAGAAAUAUGGCACAUUAUACAGCUACAAUCAACACCAAAAUUCCUUGACGCCCUCGCCCUAUCAGCUUUACAACCACAUCUCACCCUAAGACUAUAUGUGAAAUAUGAAGAGAUUUUUGCAGACACCCUCGCACGAUGGCUCACGACUGGCAUUCCCGAGAAUCAAAUCAUCGUUGCCAUUGCGCAAAUCCUUCCUUUUGCGCCAUACUGUAUAGCAUUUCUAGAGAAUUACUUGGAAUCGAAAAUUAAAUUCAGGGGAAAAUUAUCAUUUUUUAAUGCAGAUGAGGCGGAAAUACACAAUUUAGAGACCACCGAACUCCAAAAAAUUCUUCUAGCAAUAUGGCGACUUCUCAACUUCAACAAAUAUUUUUUUUCUACCACAGUACAGUUCAUAAAAAUUCAAAGUCUAUUCAAUCAUAAAGAUUUAGCCGUUCGAUUUCUAGCUAUACGUGUAUUUAGCCAAAUUAUGUCCGCGGCGGAUUUCAAGCUCGAGGAAAUGAACGAGAAAUAUAUUGGCAAGGAGUCUAUUGUCUGGGGGUACUUUGAUGGCAUGAAAAAGGAUAUAGCUUUUCUUAGUUUACUCGAAGAAAACAGAUUUCAAGAUGUAAGAAAGUCGAUGAUGGAUCAACAUAAAUUUUCUAAGAACUGCUUGGAUAAAUAUAAUCUCGACAACAUUUCUCCGUUUGUUAUUAGAUGCGGUAGUAUACUUUAUCCUCGACCAAGUGGGCCCUCGAAACUUAAAUCACUCAUUAUUCAUACUGUAACUAUGUCCCGCAACAUAGAAAGAUUCGCAAAAGCCCUAAAAAUGGGCUCGUCAAUUCUUCUUCAUGGAUUAGCUGGUUCAGGAAAAACCUUGUUGGUCCAACAUUUUGCUAGAGAACUCUCAAUAGAAUCGAAAAUGGUUACACUUCACUUAAACGAACAGACUGAUGCAAAAAUGCUCCUAGGGACGUAUGUAACUGGAAGAGCGCCGGGUACUUUCGUUUGGAAAGCCGGCAUUCUCACUACUGCGAUAAGUGAAGGACGAUGGGUCUUCAUAGAAGAUCUUGAUCGUGCUCCAAAUGAAGUUAUUAGUAUCCUGUUACCCUUAAUUGAGAAAGGUGAAUUGUUUAUUCCAAGUCGUGGGGAAACAAUUAAAGCUGGACGUGGAUUUCAGUUACUUGCUAGUUUAAGAACCUCACAAGGCUUAGGAGGGGAAGAAAAGUUUCCAUCGUUGCACACACUUGGAGCACGUCUAUGGCAACGUACUCCUGUUGAACCUGCCUCUGAAGUAGAAUUACACCAAAUAAUUAAUGGCAUACAUCCCAUCCUGCAUGAGUAUUUACCAACUAUUCUUAAUGUUUAUAAUCGUGUUUCUAGUCUUUCACAAAACUCAGCCUCAAUAUACCCAGCUACAAGAGGUUUAUUUGGAAGAGCUAUUUGUCCUAGAGAUCUUUUAAAAUGGUGUAAGCGACUAGAAGGGUUAUUGUUAAGAUGUGGAAUAAAGAAUAGUCGUGAACAAAUUACUGAUGAAAUUCGAUAUGAGUUUUUUAUGGAAGCAACAGAUUGUUUUGCUGCUAGCUUGCAGGUAGCGGAUGUGCGCAGAAAUUUUAUCUUGUGUAUCGCGGAAGAAAUGCUAAUUAGCCCUCAAAACGCCGAAUUUUUUAUCAGCUCUCACAUACCGAAGUAUGAGGAAAAAGGAAAAGAGAUUACGAUUGGCAGGGUCACUCUUCCUACAUUAAAUUGUAUCGAAAAUGUUGAUAAAAAAUCUCGACUUUUUGCAAAUACAAGUCAUGCGAAACGUUUGCUAGAGCAGGUGGGAGUCUCAGUCAAGUGGUCAGAACCAUGUCUACUUAUCGGCGAGACUGGUAUUGGCAAGACUACUGUUAUUCAGCAUCUUGCCAAUCGCCUAGGGUACAAGUUGACCGUCGUAAACUUAUCUCAACAAACCGAAGCUGGUGAUCUCUUAGGAGGUUACAAACCAGUAAAUAUAAGAACUCUUGCCAUGCCAUUGAAAAAUGACGCUGAUGAUCUUUUUGCAUCGAUUGGUCUAUCUGCAAAUAAGAACCAAAAAUAUCUAGAUCAAUUGAGUAAAUAUGUCGCUAAGAGACAAUGGAUCAAGGCAUUAAGGCUCUGGAGAGAGGUUCCUAAAAUAUAUGAUCAAUUUCUUUCAACGAUAAAGAAAGGUGAAAGCUACAAAUUGGCUUCAUCUGCAGAAUCAGAACAACCGUCAAAGCGACGUAAGACUGAGUCAAGGUUGAAAAUUUUAUUGGAACUCAAACCUAGGAUUGAUAAAUUCUCAAAAAAUCUAGAUCAGUUCGAAAUACAACUUUCUGGGGGCUCUAAGAGCUUCGCCUUCUCAUUUAUUGAGAGUAACAUUAUAAAAGCUGCCAGAAAUGGGGAUUGGGUUCUUCUUGACGAGAUAAAUCUCGCACCGCCGGAUACUAUAGAAAGCAUCGCAGACCUUCUACACCAUGGGCCAACUGAGACACCUUCAAUUCUGCUUUCUGAGACAGGAGAAAUAGAGAGAAUUUAUGCACACCCAAACUUCAGAAUAUUUGGUGCAAUGAACCCGGCAACAGAUAUUGGAAAGCACGAUUUACUUCCAGGUAUCCGCUCUAGGUUCACUGAAAUAUACGUUGAAAGUCCAGAUAAAAAUUUAGACGACCUUCUCAUUGUAAUAAAAUCUUACCUCAAAACAGUUACCAAAAAUGACGAAAGAGUCUCCUAUGAUGUAGCCAAGCUCUACCUAAAUAUAAAGCGUUUGGUAGAUGAAAAAAAGUUGGUGGACGGUGCCAAUAAUGUCCCACAUUUUAGUCUUCGUACGUUAACUAGAGUGCUUAGCUACGUCAGUGAUAUUGCGCCACUCUACGGAACGCGGCGGGCUUUGUGCGAGGGGUUCGCAAUGGGUUUUUUAACACUUCUUGAUCGAGAAUCUGAAAAGAUUUUGUCUCCUUUAAUUGAUCACUAUCUUUUAGGAAAUCAUAAGAAUGUGAAGUCUUUGUUAUCACAAAAACCAAAUUGUCCUGAAGAUGAUAGACCCUAUGUUCAUUUUAAGAGUGCCAAACAAGAUCGUCAUUAUUGGCUUCUUCAAGGCGCUGAAACCUGUCAAGAGUUUCAAGAUUAUAUUAGAACACCUUUUGUUGAGCGAAACUUAUUGAACCUAGUUCGUGCUACCUCGAUUAGACGAUAUCCAGUCCUAGUUCAGGGUCCGACAUCUUCAGGGAAAACGAGCAUGAUCCAAUUCCUUGCCAGGUAUAGUGGUAAUAAGUGCGUUAGGAUAAACAACCACGAGAAUACCGAUCUUCAAGAAUACCUAGGGUCUUACAUAUCUGGUAAUGACGGACAACUUCGUUUCCAAGAAGGUCUCUUGGUUCAAGCUCUUCGGCAGGGUUAUUGGAUUGUUCUAGAUGAACUAAAUCUUGCUCCUACUGAUGUUCUUGAGGCUUUGAAUCGAUUGCUCGAUGACAAUAGAGAAUUAUUUAUCCCAGAAACCCAAGAAAUUGUCCAUCCCCACGAAAACUUUAUGCUUUUUGCCACUCAGAAUCCACCUGGUAUCUACGGCGGUAGAAAGACACUAUCACGGGCCUUUCGAAAUCGCUUCUUGGAGCUUCAUUUUGAUGACAUUCCAGAAGAUGAACUAGAGACUAUCAUGCAGACAAGAUGCAAAAAUGUGGCACCUUCCGAUUGUAAAAGAAUAGUUACCGUAUAUAAAGAGCUUUCAAGACUGCGCCUCUUAACUCGUGUAUUUGAAAAAAAAGAUGGAUUUGCGACAUUGCGUGACCUAUUUAGAUGGGCACUACGGGAAUAUGAAACACGAGAGCAACUCGCUUUCAACGGAUAUAUGCUUCUUGUCGAACGAAUUCGCAAACCAGAGGAACGAGAUGCUGUAACUAAGAUUAUUGAGAGAGUUAUGAAAGUGAAAAUUAAUCCUAGUCAAAUAUAUGAUCAUAAAUUAUCAGCAGAAAUUCAAUUUCAUAACGUUGCACCUAGUAAACAGGGAGUUGUUUGGACUAAUGCGAUGCGUCGACUUUACAUCCUUGUUUCCCAUGCAAUUCGCCACAAUGAGCCUGUUCUUCUCAUUGGAGAGACAGGUUGCGGGAAGACGACUGUCUGUCAGAUGCUUGCUGACGCUUUCUCGAAAAAACUAAGUAUUGUAAAUGCUCACCAGAACACAGAAACAGGUGAUAUUAUUGGUGCUCAGAGACCUAUUCGGAAUCGGUCGGUAAUACUCGAAAACUUAAGGAAAGAUCUAGUACUAGCUAUGAAGUUAUUGGAACGAGAGGUUUUAGACUUCGAUGACUUAGAUUAUCUACUUGAUUCUUUUAAAUUAGUGCCCGAGGCUAGCCUUCACAAGCUACCACUAGAACUUCAUCAGAAUAUACAGCUUAAUCAAGCAAAAUCAAAAGCUUUAUUUGAAUGGUCAGACGGGAGUCUAGUGCAGGCCAUGAGGGAAGGUCAUUUCUUUUUACUUGACGAAAUUUCUUUAGCUGACGACGCUGUCCUGGAGAGAUUAAAUUCUGUGCUUGAAACCGAGAGAACAAUUCUUCUAGCCGAGAAGGGCGUCGAUAACUCACUUGUAAAAGCUAUUAACGGCUUUCAAUUUUUGGCUACUAUGAAUCCUGGUGGCGAUUACGGCAAAAGAGAGCUGUCUCCUGCCCUACGUAAUAGAUUUACAGAAAUAUGGGUACCUGCAUUAUCAGACUACGACGAUAUCUAUCAAAUUGUAGAAUCAAAACUUGGACAAGAGUGGAAGAUAUAUUCCAGAGCAAUGGUGCAGUUUGCUGAGUGGUUUGGACAGGAAUAUCGUUCUACAUCGGUAUCUAUAUCAGUUCGAGAUAUGCUCGCGUGGACAGAAUUUAUGAAUAAUUGUCCCACUGGAAAUCCUCAUUUUUUUGUUGUUCAAGGCGCCUCCCUGGUCUAUAUUGAUACUUUAGGGGCUAACCCAGCUGCCCUACUAUCAAGAAAUACGGAAAGUAUACAGAAAGAACGUGAAAAAUGCUUACUUAAACUCGGAAGUCUCCUGGAUUUUAAUGUGAUGCCUUCGUACUUUAAUAACAUUAAUAUCUUGAACACAGAACACCAUCUUCAAAUAGGAGAAUUUUCUAUAGAAAAAAGAUUCGGAAAAAAUGAAUCACAAGAGUAUGCUUUUGAGGCAAAGACGACAAAAAUAAAUGCUAUGAGGGUUAUUCGAGCCCUUCAGGUCAAAAAACCAAUCUUAAUCGAAGGAAACCCAGGCGUUGGAAAGACGACAUUAAUAGCUGCCAUUGCUCGUAUAUGUAACCAGCCACUCACUCGAAUAAACCUUUCCGAGCAAACUGACUUAAUGGACCUAUUUGGAUCUGAUGUUCCAGUCGAAGGCGCAGAAGUUGGCAAGUUUGCAUGGCGUGAUGCACCAUUUUUACAAGCUAUGCAAAGAGGUGAAUGGGUUUUACUCGAUGAAAUGAAUCUUGCUUCACAAUCAGUUUUGGAAGGUCUUAAUGCAUGUCUAGAUCAUCGAGGAGAAGUUUAUAUCUCAGAACUGGAUCAUACUUUCAAAUGUCAUCCCAACUUCUUUGUGUUUGCUGCCCAAAAUCCACAUCAUCAGGGUGGUGGGAGAAAGGGGCUUCCAAGCUCAUUUGUUAACCGCUUUACUGUUGUAUAUGCUGACAUAUUCAAGGAGGACGAUUUACAGCUGAUAUGUCAGCAAAAGUUUCCUUCAUUGCCUGGGGAUCUAAUCGGAAAGAUAAUUACUCUCGUGUUGCACUUGGAAGAGGAGGUAGUUCAUAAGCGUACAUUUGGUACUCAAGGGGGACCGUGGGAGUUUAACCUUCGAGAUAUUUUACGUUGGCUUCAGCUUUUAACGUCUGAAAAAAACUUCUUCAAAUUUACACAGCCCUCUGACUUCCUCGAUUUUGCCCUACGUCACCGGUUUAGAACGAGUAAAGAUCGGUUGGAACUUGAUAGAGUAUUUGCAGAUAAAUUUUCAAGUAGUAGUCCCCCUCGCCAUCUAUUUCACAGCAUUAGCUCUAGGGCAUACCAAGUUGGGCUAGCAUAUUUACACAGAAAUCUUAUCAAUCAGACUGGCACCCUACCUGGAAUGAAUCUUAAUAAUCGCCUUUCUGAGCUCGAAUCAACUAUGAUCUGUAUUCAGGAAAAUAUUCCCUGUAUAUUAGUUGGGCCAUCUGGCUCAGGUAAGACGACAAUCUUGCAACAUAUUUCAAAUGUUGUUGGAAAGGAGCUGCUUACAUUUCCGCUCACUUCAGACACUGAUACUAUGGAUUUGAUCGGUGGUUACGAACAGGUCGAUCCCCAGCGAAACGCGAUUAAGUUUCUUGAUGAACUAGAGAUAUUCUGCAGUCAAAAAGCUCUUUCAAUUUUACCUGAUAAGCUUCCCGAACAGGUUAUUAGCGUCAUCGAAUCUCUAAAACAAAGGGGGCCAAAUUUAUCUCAUCUAUUAUCAUCUUUGUCACACCUACUACACAAUAUGGAAGCCGAAACAACUCAAGAGGACUUUGGACGUCUCGCUAGCUGUUGUAAAGAAUUAUCGGAGACGACAAUGAUACUCGACAGUGCUCAUUUUGAAUGGUGUGAUGGUGCUCUAAUUAAAGCUCUAGAGCAAGGAAAAUGGCUCGUUUUAGAUAAUGCUAAUCUAUGCAGCGCUUCCGUUCUUGAUAGGCUGAAUUCUCUUCUAGAACCAGACGGGUUCUUACUCAUUAACGAGUACAAUAGUGAAAGCGGUAAGCCAAAGAUAGUUAAGCCACACUCUGAUUUUAGAAUAUUUUUGACAAUGGAUCCAAAAUUUGGAGAAUUGUCAAGGGCAAUGAGAAAUCGUGCCGUUGAGAUUUUUGUUGAGCCUCUAUCAGACACCGCUCCAGUCGAAAUACUGGGAGUUAAUCACGAAGCAUCAAUGCAAAGAUUUCGUAUACUCUCUCAAUCUUUGAAGAAUCUUGAAAUAAAAACCUUGCACUCGACAGCCUCAAUUGCUAUAGAAAACCUUUCUUGGUCCGACAUGACACUCUUACCCCGCUUCAUUGCUUCCCUUGAUCCUACAUACUCCAAAGAACUGAUGCCACUAUGCCAGGAUUACAUUGCCCUACAAGAGGAACCAGAGAACCAGAAAAUAAGAAAUUUGUUAAAAGAUUCUAUCAGCGUAUUUAAUGACCCAUACCCUAGAGACAUACAGAUCGUUCAUCCACUUCAAAACUCACCUAUGGUGAAUGUGAUAGUACAAUCCCAGAAAUCGAAAGUAGUAUACUGGCUCGGCGCAGCAAUAGACAUUCUUCUGGAAAUCAGUGAAGCGAGUAGAGUUCUAAAUAAUGAAGUAAUAUCUAUCGAAAAUAAAAAGCCGAGCAAGAUGAACAGAUUUCAGCGAUCAAUAAUGAAGGAACAAGUAUCUGCUGUAGCGAAUGACUCUACCGUCAGCGUAGCGUAUUUCCUUCAGUUUACAUUACAGUUACUGAGGAGAUUUUCGCAAAAUUAUACCCCUGAUCAUGAUCAGUGGCUAAGGUCUAAAAUGGUUAUUUCUUCCCUACUUCAAUAUUGGCGAUAUACCCUUCAUCUUGUGACAGAAAAAUUAUUCGAUGAAGUUACAUUUCAGGCCCAUCUUGCUAUUGGUAGAGAGUUGCUACCCGAAUAUUCAUCUAAUGAAUAUCCGAUUAUCCAAUCUUUCAAAGAAGAGCUGGAGAAAAACUUUUGUUCGAAGUUUAAGCUUACAACUGGUAUUAGUAUGGGGAUCAUCUGGAAUUGUUUACGACCUAAAUCCAUUCGUAGUAGUAAUGUAUUUGAUAGCUUAUCUAAGAUGAAAGAGCUGGCCAUCCGCUUUGAUACAAUGAGAUGGAAAACUGCGGCUUCAGUGCAAAAUCUCGCUAAUAUAAUGGAUUCUUUGGUAAGAGCUUAUCAGAUUAUUCUGGAGACCGAGGUUGAUGGCACAGCUCUUAUAUCUUCUCUGGCCCAUGAAAUGAAGAUACUGGAGUGUGGUAUGGAAAAAAUCGAAGACAAAACUACUCCAUACUUUCGAACGCAAUUUGAAGCUAUCCGGCAAUAUAAAACUUUAGAAUCAAUAUGCUCAAAUAAUUAUGAAGAUAAAAGCGAUCUCGAGUUACUUGUUUUAUCAGAUUAUUCGACUGUUUGUCAAAUGAACUUCAGAAGUGCCACACCUUCAUCAGUCUUUUUCCAGGCAAUAGACUACCUUUUAUGCGAAAAUGGCAAUUUUAAUCCUACCAACAGCACCCUCUUAUCAGGCCUUUUGGUGGCUUUGAGGGGAAUUGAUAAAGUGGAACUCAAAGCGCUAAGUCUUUUAGAACUGGAGUUGCCAAUUCUUGGCCAGAAACUCGCACUUAUUUGUGAAAAUAUUUGCCAGAAUCAACUACUUCUUCUCAAUAAAAUAUUAUUGCAGCUAAUUCACAGCUUUAUCGAAAUACAUGGCAUGAGAUCUCUUUCUUAUUGGAGAGAUUUGUGUCAAUCGAAUAGUUCCUCAGAUUUUCUAGAACACUCAUCUCAUGCUAGUGUUAAUGCAAAUCUACGUGAAGUGAUUCAAGAUCACUUCUUACCUUCAUUUCAGCUAGCUAUGACAUCAGAUAAUCACGAUAUAAUAAUGUUUCAAUCAUCAGCUCUUGCGUGGAUUCAUUUUGCUAUUGGUUGUAUUAUUCUUUACGUUCCAGAUCGUGCAAUUGAUCCGGAAAAGAAACAGCGUUUAGAAACCGAGCGCUUCAAUACGGCUAAAAAUAAGCUAUCAGAAAAAUUAGAUGCCUUGAAGAGAUUCGAGUAUUUUUUUUCCAAGAAUAAUACAAACAUACGGUGUGAACUCCUUGAAUCUGAACUUACUGAACUAGGAGUACUGCCUGAGGAUCUGCAGGAUAUCUAUCGACCUGCAGAGUCAGAAAUUAAUCAACUUCAAGGAGAAUUCAAUAAUCUUUUGAAAAUUGUUCUCGGAUCUGAUAUUAUCGCAUGUAUCAGUAACCUAUUCAAAACUCAAUCGGGUGCAAAUGAUCAUGUGAUUCAAUUACUCCAGAGAAAUGUCGCCAAAAUUUAUAAUCGGCUUACUCGUGGCUUUCAAGCAUAUGGUGAUAUAAUUCAGCCGAUCUUAAGUAUGAUCAAGUGCCUACAAAUUGGUCUUUCAUUUGCGGUAAUUGGUGUCAACUUACCUUCUGAUGGCGAAAAAUUCAGAGGAUAUGGAGACUUGAUAUCAAUCAUGACUGGUUUCGGGGAUAAAAUAGAAAUUGGGAGUAUUGCUGGCUUUAAUUUUCCGGAAGAAUACUUGGCUUUUGUGGCGAUAAAUUCUGCGAGUGAAGGAUCAAACUACUUGAAGACGAAAGCUCGAGAAUCAUUACUUAGGGUGGUUCACGAAUACUACGACAAGUGGAGCAGUCAACUAGAGAUUGAUCGACUUGAGGCCGAAUCUAAAUCACGACUUUAUCAAUUCCGUGGGGCUAACUCGGAUCAGGAGGAAAUCGAGAAGCAAGAAUAUGAACAAAUCUUUCCAUCAUACGAAGAAGAAACAUCCCCAUCAACCAAAUUUUUGGAGGCUACUUAUAUUCGGGACACUGCUGUUAGGUUCGCAAAGUUGCAUGCAGAAAUUUUUCUCAACCCCGUCGAGCCUGCGGAUAGUAUAAAAAAUCUAAUUCGAUCCUCAUCACUAAGAUCCAUUUCAGAUCCUAAUUAUAGUAAUGCAGAUCCAAGUUCCAAGGCCAGGUCUCUACCUGGAAGCUUACUACUUCUUGAUGAUAAGAUUCGGGAAUUUAAUUCGGAAAUUACUCCUCAAUAUUAUAAUUUCUAUUUAGAUCCAAACCUUUCUGAAUGUCGUAAGCUAGUCAAACUAUCGCAAAGGAUUCAGAAUCGUUUUAGGGAACUUCAGUCUAUAGAUGAUAUCGGACAUAUGCAGCCGCUCGAAGAUGUAAUUGUAUCAUGCAAUGAGCUACUCCAGUUUCGACAUAUAGAACCUCUUGCCAAAAUUAUUACAAAGGUUGAGAAGAUUCACACUUAUUUGCAUGAAUGGCAAUUUGGUGGAUGGGCCAGCCGAGCUAAUUCAGUUCUUGAGUACUAUCAAGAAAUUACGACUACUAUUGUUCGCUGGCGACGACUAGAGCUAUCUACAUGGUCUAGGCUAUUUGAUAUGGAGGUCAAAAAAUGUGAGGAUGAUGCUAAAUCUUGGUGGUUUAUAGCCUAUCAAAUAGUCAUCGCAGCUCCCCUUCAAAUUUCCGAGUCUGAAUCUAAUGUGAGAAAUUAUGCUCAGAAGCUUUUAAAAGACUUGGAAACAUACUUCUCAUCUGCAAUACUCGGCCAAUUUUCUCAGCGACUCCAGCUAAUGAAGCAGCUUCAAAAGCAUCUCGAAAUCCUCGAGUUGGAAGUUCCUACAAUGUCUAUUAUCAUGAAGGCUGUAGCAAACUUUGUUAAUUUUUACUCCCGAUAUGAAAAGCCUGUACAGGAAACCCUCAUGAAGGGAAGAACUAGUCUAGACAAGAUGAUGCAUGACAUCUCGUUGAUGGCUAGCUGGAAAGAUACCAAUAUCGUUGCCUUGCGAGAUAGCGCCAAAAGGUCUCAUCAUAAACUUUUCAAGGUCAUUAGGAAAUUUCGAGCACUAUUAGGACAACCAAUGGAGAUUGUUUUGAUGCAAGGACUUCCCCAAGAAAAAAGCACAGAUGAUUCUACUCAACAAAUUUUGGGCUCGCCUGCCGGCGUGGAACCCUCAGCACUUGCAGUAUGUGAAUCCUUUGUACCAAGAUGGUCGGAAAAGAGCAAACGCUUUGUAAAUAUUUCACAAACAACUAGCUUAAUGGCAAAUACGGCUGUAAUACCAGAAAGCGUAGUCGAUAUUUCCAGCUACCUCGAAGAAUUCGUCACAAGCCUAACUAGUGCAGUUUCUGAGCUACAGAAGAUGACACCUUCAAAAUUGACAGACGAGAAUAAGGAUCAGGUUAAGCACUUGAAGACAAGGAAGAAAAAACUUUUUGCUGAUACUCUGAAAGAACUACGACGGAUGGGUAUCAAGAGUCAUUUAAGCUCCGAUGCGCUUCAAAAACAAGAAUCUCUAUCUUAUGUCUUGAGCCAGCUGGAUUUUUUCGGGGACGUCACUACGGAUAAAGUGCAAUAUCACUUCCACACGGCAAUAGACAUCGUUCCUAGAGCCCGCAAUUCUGUGAAAGGACACUCUAUAGAUUUGAGCAGCGUAGAUGUGGAAAAAAGUAUAGGACUAAUGGAGGGUUUACAUCAAACCAUUUUCUCGCAGCAUAAUUUCCUGUUGAAGACCGCAUCAAGUAUGAAGGCACUUGAUACGAGCUUGCAGAUGAUGAAAGGUCUCUGGACGCAUGAUUAUAAUAUAAAGAAUCAUUCGAGAUCAACGAAUCACUAUAGGUACCUUCAGUGGUUACCUACUGUACUUCUAGUAGGAAAUGAUCUCAUCGAAAUACACUCCAAAUUCCGAGGUUUCGACUGCAGCGCUAUUAAUGCUAACUUUAAGAACUGGAUCUCUCAAUUUACUCAGCUCAAAGUGAAAUGGGAUUCUUUACCCUGUAUUCCUUCCCAAGUAAUAUCAACUGAGAUCCUAAACUUGUAUUCCAAAAUCGAUGAUUUAGUUGGACAACUUAUCUUAGAUCUCAAAAGUGUUCUAGAAGGAUAUCCAUGUCUUGAAUUCAUCAUCAACCAAAUCAUACCAUGGACUCGGAUGCCACAGCCUGAAAAUGAAAGUCACUCAAAUCAAUCGUCUAUUUCUCAAUUAGAUUGUAAACUAUCUGAAUUAUGUGAUAGUGUGCUGGUGGCUAUUGAAAACUAUUCAAGACUCGUCUCGACCUUGCCAAAAUCUUCAGAAGAUGCUGGAUGGCUAGUUCAAAAUAAUUCUAUAUCACAAAAUAGUUUAAGCACACUUCAUAUCGAAACUAUAUAUCGGCUGGUACAAGAAUCAUUUGAAAUUUUAGGACGACUGAAUCUUAAAGAUGACCAAAUAAGUACAACCUCAGCUGCUUGCUUUGCUGUCGCUCUUCCCAUUCUAGAGCAGUAUUUUAUAAUCGUACAAAAUAGUUAUCGGCGAUACGUCUUAAUUCAUAUGGCUUCCUGCAAGACUCUAUAUAUUUUGGCUAAAACCUUUAUUCAAAUAGCUACGCAAGGUUUUUGUUCGCCUUCUGAGGGCCCUGACACCAAGGAAAGUCAAUCUGAAAAACUAGAAGAUGGAACAGGUUUGGGAGAUGGUGAGGGUGCUGAAGAUAUUAGUAAAGAUAUUCAGGACGAUGAAGAUUUGAAUGAGUUAGCACAAGAGCCAAACACAGAUAGAGAGAGUGAAAUGAAGAAUGAGGAAGAUGCUAUCGAUAUUACUAAUGAUGAUAUGGAAGGAGAAAUGGAGGAUUCGAAAGAGGGAAAGGAAGAUAAUGAAGGCUCCGAGGAUGAAAAUACCGAGGAUGAAAUGAAUGAGGAGACAGGUGAUGUCGAUGACUUGGAUCCGACAGCUGUCGAUGAAAAGAUGUGGGAUGACGGUGGAAAAGAAGCUGAAAAAGACCAACAGGGAGACGAAUCAAAAGGAGAGACAAAGAAAGACGAGCAGGUAGCUUCUGAGUCUAGUGAAAAAGAAAAGGUCGAGGAGGAUGAAACCAAUCAAUCCCAGGAAGAGGAGAUGGCUGGUGAGGAGCAAGGAGAAGAGAUUAAGCCAAACGAAAUUGAAAAUCAUGAUCCACAUGUACAAGAAUCAGAGGUGCUCGACUUACCGGAAGAUUUGAAUCUAGACGGAGAAGAUUCAAAAAGUGCGUCAGAAGAAGAUGGAUUAGAAGAUCUCUCCGACGUAGAAGAUUCGAAAAAUCUAGAUGAGAUGCCCGAUGAUGACCAAAAACAAGAAACCCCUGAUGAAGAGUCGAACCAACCUAACGAAGGACCCCUUUCUGAUGUAGAUGAAAUGGACCUUGAUAAGAAUGAAGUUGAAGACAAUCAAAAAAAUGAGGGAGAAGAUGAAGAUGAGAAAAUGGAGGAGGCUGAUCAGACUCAAGAUGAGGUCGAGGAUCAAGCAUGCGAAGAUGAAAACUCUUUUCAUCAUCAUGACGAAGUUAAAAUAGAUGAUAUGGAAGGGUUUUCCAGUAAUGACCAUGGAGGCGACAAAAGCCAAGACAAAGAGGUGAAUAAAAAUCAAGAAAACGCAAGCAAGACGCAGGAGGAUGAAAGUGAGCAAGAUGGUGAAGCAUCUAGUGGUAAAAAUUUUGAGAGCGAGCUUAACAAUCAGGGAGAAAUGGGAAAAGGUGAGGCUCCUCAGGAUAUGGCGAACGAGACACAAGACUCGAACUCUGCUCAACCAUUUAAGAAACUUGGCGACGUUUUGGACAAUUGGUAUCGUCAACAAAAUGAUAUACGUGAUCCUUGCGAACAACAAGAUUCUAAAAAAGAUCCAAUCAAGGAUGCUAUUGACUUCCAGCAUCUUAAGAGUGAAAAUGAUGAGUCUGACGCUCAGGCCCUGGGAAACACAACCGAAGAUCAGGCCCAUGCAUUGGAUGAUGCAAUGGCUGUAGAUCAGCAGAUAAAAGAUGAAUUUGAAAAAAUGGUUUCGGCUGAGAAUGAGAAAAAUUACGACUCAGACUGCGAUAGAGAUAUUGAUGAUCCAAUGGCACAAAAAGAUGAUGAACACUCUGACGCCUCUGAAGGUCAAUUAGGAGCAGUAAUUUACCAACCCAAGGAAAAUCCCAUAGAUGAUGAUACACAGAUUUUUGACCAAGAUAUAGAACAGAAAGUAGAGGAAGUCGAUCAUCAACUUGAGAGUGUCCAUCUUGAGAGCGAAGUCAGUCUUAGGCCGUUUAAACUUUCUUAUGAACAAUGGAACCACUACGAGGGGCUUACACGAGAUCUUUCUCUUUCACUCACUGAGCAACUUCGUCUUAUUCUUGCUCCGACUCUAGCAACCAAGAUGCGCGGUGACUUUCGUACUGGUAAGCGUCUCAAUAUCAAACGAAUCAUUCCAUAUAUUGCCUCUCAGUUUAAGCGAGAUAAGAUAUGGAUGCGACGUAGUGUUCCGUCUAAAAGAAAUUAUCAGGUUAUGCUAGCUGUCGACGAUAGCAAAAGUAUGGGAGAAAGCGGAAGUGGAUCAUUGGCUUUUGAAACGCUUGUAAUGGUCUCUAAGUCGUUGAGUAUGCUUGAAGUCGGAGAGAUCUGCAUGGUUGGUUUUGGCGAAAACGUCAAAAUUGCUCAUGACUUUGAUGUACCAUUCACCUCGGAUGCCGGGCCCAGGGCACUACAGCACUUUUGCUUUCAGCAAAAUCGCACUGAUAUUGCUCGACUUGUAGCAGAAAGCAUUGAGAUAUUUCGCACAGCACGAGCCAAAGCUAGCAGUCGACCAGCCGAUUUAUGGCAAAUGGAAAUAAUUAUUUCCGACGGUAUCUGUGAAUCCCGAGAUCAUGAAGAGAUUCGACGGCUAUUGCGCGAGGCCUUGCAAGAGCGUAUAAUGAUGAUCUUCGUCAUUGUUGAUGAUGUAAAGAGCAAAAAGAAUGGACAGAGUGUGGUAGAAUUAAACCAAGCCGUGUUUGUAAAUGGGGCGGUUGUUACCUCGAGGUACCUGGAUAGCUUCCCAUUCCAGUAUUAUGUAAUUGUGAGCGAUAUCAAGGAACUGCCCAGCGUCUUAGCUACUUUAUUACGGCAAUGGUUUCAGGAAGUAGUAGAAUAUUCAAAUUAG